AAAAGUUUGUCAACUACUGAAAGGAACAGAAGGAGGGUUAACCAUCAUUACAACGGACGUGAAAAUGUUAUCAAUCGGAAAGGAUAUUCUCGUUAGUCUUAUCAUUCUUUUUGACAGGUUUGGGUCGUCGGUGCUCUUCAACGUUGGCACAUCCGGUGCCAAGAUCUUCUCUGGGCCCACUGAUGGACAGUUUGGCUACACCGUUCAGCAGCUGACCAAUCAUCAAGGAAAAUGGCUCCUGGUUGGUUCUCCCUGGAGUGGUUACACUCAAAACAGGAAAGGAGACAUUUAUAAGUGUCCUGUAUCGGGAUCCACAAUCAGUUGUGACAAGCUCAACAUUCAGGACUCUAUGGAUAUUCCCAAUGUGAGAAACAUCAACACCAACAUGAGUCUCGGUCUGGCUCUAACUCGCAGUACCAAUGGAUUCAUGACGUGCGGUCCACUGUGGGGGCAGCAGUGUGGAAGUCAGAUAUAUUACCCGGGGGCUUGUGUUGAAGUCAGUCCUCUCUUCAAACCUCACCCUGCCUUCUCUCCUGCUGUGCAGACAUGUGGAGGACCUAUGGACAUCCUCAUUGUUUUGGAUGGCUCGAACAGCAUUUAUCCUUGGACACCAAUGAAUGACUUCCUCACAAAGCUAAUUCCUGCUUUAGACAUUGGACCACAAAGUGCACUGGUAAGCGUCAUCCAGUAUGCAGUAGAAGCCAAGUUUGAAUUCAGAUUGAGAGACUACAAUACUAAAAAGGGAGUUUUGGAAGCUGUUUCCAAAAUCAAUCAGAUGUACGGUCACUCCACAAACACAUUCCACGCCAUCAGUUACGCCUGUCAGUGGGGUUUUCAUGCGGAUAGCGGCGGUAGGCCUGGCGUGCCCAAGGUGAUGGUGGUGAUCACCGAUGGGGAGUCACAUGACCGCGCCUUCAGGGACAACGUCAUACAGGAGUGUGAGAAACAACAAAUAACCCGCUUUGGCAUCGCUGUGCUGGGGUACUAUUCUAGGAACAACAUUGACACAACAAACCUGAUAGCUGAGAUCAAGUCCAUCGCCAGUGUCCCCAGCAACAAGUAUUUCUUUAAUGUCUCCGAAGAGGCAGCACUGUCCACCAUCGCUGGAUCACUGGGAAACCGAAUCUUCAGUAUCGAGGGCACGGGGACCGCUGGUGAGAACUUUAAGAUGGAGAUGUCUCAGGUGGGCUUCAGCGCUCACUACUCCAGCUCAAAGGAUGUGAUGAUGCUGGGGGCGGUGGGUGCGUACGCCUGGAGCGGAACUGUCGUUCACCUGACUGGAGCCCAAGCCAACAUCUUCCCCUCCUCUGCGUUCGAGAACAUCCUGCAUGAUAGAAACCACAGCUCCUUACUGGGUUAUUCUGUGACCACUUUAAGUGAUGGAGCCUCUGAAUACUUUGUGGCUGGGGCUCCCCGUGCUAACCACUCAGGUCAGGUGAUCGUCUACACGGUCAACUCCCAAAAGCAGCUCACAGUGGUGGACUCAGAGAGAGGGAAACAGAUCGGGUCGUACUUUGGGAGCGUGUUGUGUCCUCUGGAUGUGGACCGAGACGGAGUGUCGGACCUGCUGCUGGUCGCGGCCCCGAUGUUCAUGAGUGACCUGAGGAAAGAGCAGGGGGUGGUCUAUCUCUACUCCGUCACCAAGGGGGUUCUGAGCGACCACGGCGUCCUCCAGGGUCCGGCCCCGGGGGAGAACGCCCGGUUCGGCACAGCGCUGUCGGCCGCCCCGGACCUGGACCUGGACGGCUGCAGUGACGUGGUGGUGGGGGCGCCCUUGGAGGACGGCGGGAGGGGAGCCGUCUACCUCUACAACGGGGAGAAGAAGACGCUACGCACACAGUUCUCUCAGAGAAUCCUUGGGUCUAAACUAGACUCUAAAAUGCAGUAUUUCGGGAGGUCUCUGGACAGCUAUGGAGAUUUGAACGGUGACACCAUUCCUGAUGUUUCAGUCGGUGCGCAUGGCAAAGUUAUCCAGCUCUGGUCUCUUGGAGUUGCCACGGUGAUCGUCCGUGUGUCCUUUACACCUGAUAAUAUCAACAUCCUCAACAAACCCUGUUUGAUUAGUGGCCGAAAGCUUUCCUGCUUUGAGGCCAAGGUGUGCUUCACAGCCUCCUUCAAGCCCAAGAAUCCUGUCGGCCCUGUAGUGAUAUCCUACAAUCUUCUGCUUGACGCUGACCUGCAAUCAACACAUGUGACCUCCAGAGGGCUGUUCAGUCAAAACAACGAUAGACUUCUCUCUGGAAACCUGCAGAUAUCGUCUGUUCCUGUGUGCCAGCCCUACCAGAUAUACGUCCAGGAAACCCCAGACUUUGUCAAUUCUAUCAGUUUACGUGUUGAUAUCAGUCAGCUGAACUCAGAUUCCAACCCGGUGCUUAACGUCUUCUCCCCUCACGCAUGGGAGUUUUUUAUUCCCUUCUCCAAAGACUGUGGCUCCGACAAGGUGUGUGUCAGCGAUCUGGUGUUGAAGGUAAACAAAGGAAAUGAGAUACCUAGUGAUUCCACCAUGCUGGUUAGCUACAAGAACCGUAGAAUCUCAUUUGAGGUUCUCGUGAGUAACAAGAUGGAGAACGCAUACAACACUCGGGUCUUGGCUACGUACUCAAAGAACCUCUUCUAUGCUUCGAUAACUCCCCCGAGCGAUGGGACUUCAGUGAAGUGCUCCACCUCUGCUGAACAGUCAGGCACCUUGGCCUGCCAGGUGGCCUAUCCUGCCUUGAAGAGAGACCAGCAGGGGAAGUUCUGGAUCAACUUCGACUUCAACCUGAAUCACUUACAGAAGCAAGCACAAGUCACGUUUGAGGCCAAAAGUGAUGGCGAGGAGAAGAAGCCUAAAGACAACAAGGUGGUCGUAACGAUCCCCGUCAGCUACGACGCAGAGGUCAUCAUGACCGCGCAAUCCAAUAUUAAUUUCUAUGUGGUAGACGAGGCUAAAGCAGUGAAGACCACCAUUAACAACCUGGAUGACAUCGGGCCCGAGUUCAACUUUUUCCUAAAAAUUUCCACAGGCAACAUUCCCGUCAGCCUGGUCUAUCUCACCAUCUUCUUACCCAACACCACCGAUGCUGGAAACCCACUGCUCUACAUUACAGGCCUGAGCACGCAAUCGGGCAGUGCAGUGAGCUGUGACAUCAACGGCCUGGUCGAUCCUCUGAGGGUCGGUGUAAAGCAGCACAAAGUGUCCUUCAAGAAGGACAGCUUCAGAGGUCUACAACAACUGGAUUGUGAGCAUGCUCAGUGCACACUUGUGAAGUGCAUCCUCAAAGACAUAAAGGAAAAGAGCCACUACUUUGUGAACGUGUCAUCCCGGAUCUGGAGCAGCUCAUUAGUCUCAUCGACGUUCCAAACAGUUGUGCUCACAGCAAGUGCAGAAAUGAAGACUUCCCAGCCCAAUCUACUCGUCAUUGCCGUGAAGAAGUUACAGGUCCUCCUCACGGUCAGCAAACCGGGGGAGACGGCAGACGUACCUGUGGGGGUGAUCGUGGGUAGUGUGAUAGGCGGGCUUCUCCUAUUGGCUCUGGCUGUCGGCCUGCUGUGGAAGUUUGGAUUCUUCAAGAGGAAGUAUAAACAGCUCCAGAACGCAGCAGGGGAGGCGGAGAACGAGGACGAGCAGGGACCAUGACGGAGAACCCAGCGAGGCCAGAACCUCAUCUUGUAUCCCACGGUGACGUGGGGCUGCAGAACCUCAUCUCGUCUCCCACGGUGACGUGGGGCUGCAGAACCUCAUCUCGUCUCCCACGGUGACGUGGGGCUGUUUCAGGGGACAGAUCUUGAGCCUGAUGAGGACUCUGGUCUGUAGACAUCCGACCUACAGUACACUGGGUGGGGACUGAUGCUGGUAUUUAUGCAGUAGGAUUUUGUUAUGUCUUUUUAAAUGUUUAUUGACCUAAAAAAGCUGUUUUAAUACAUUUCAAUGGAGGGAUUUAGCUCUUUAUAAAUUGUUUUGUACAGAGGAUUAUUUAUACAUUUCAGAUCAUUUUCAGCUUUUACAAAAUGUGUUUUUGUGGUCACAGAAUCAUUUUGCUAUGAGAUUCCACUUUACAUUGUAUUUUACCUCUGCAAUUCAACAACUUGGCCCAGUCCAUUAAAGG